CUAAGUUAUCGAACGCAUCCAAGCUAUUGACUGACGUAUGAACUUUGUUAGCUGUCAAAAAAAAAAUCGAUUUUUGAUUGGUGGGGUUGAUUGAUGGAUGCCACAUGCCACUUGACAAUUAGCUUUUUGUUGAGCUGGCUGCUAGUUCGUUUACAGUUUAAUCAGUCCCGUAUGAGUUCAGUUUAGAGUUUAUAGAGUAUUUCACUUUUCAACAUAAAUACCGGAAUUGGAUUGGCACCAAAAAUCGGCAAUGUCGGAUACCAAGCAUGAUGAUAUACUUUUUAGUGUCUUGAAAGAAUGCCAAUCUUUGCCAGUGUUUUUGGACCACAUAUUUGGGUUUCUUCAAAGAAGAACUGAUUUUUAUUGUAUUGCACCGGAACCAAAUUCGCCCAUAGGACUCCCAAAAGGCCUAGCCGAGAAUCUUGUAAGAAACACUUAUUACAAAUGGAUUCCGAAAUCGACAAAUAAUGAAGACGUAGCGGUUGUUUUACAAGAACACGAAAUUCCUCAAGCAGUUUUUGAGGAAGUAGUUAGAGCAGAAAAUGUCAAUGAAAAAGAAGAUAUAACUGAAGAAAUAGUUGAUGAAGUUGACAAUAUAAAUGUUGAACACUCGUAUAAUCGUACCAAAAAACCUGAACCAGUGACUAAUAGGCAUUUCGACUUUACCAAAUCUGACAGCUACAAUGGAGCUGUAUAUGACAAUUACUGUUGGUCUCAAACAAUAAAUGAGAUCGAGAUUACAAUAAAACUUCCUGAAAAUGUGAAAGCCAAGGACCUCAAAGUGACCAUAUUGGCGCAUAAAAUAUCAGUUAGGCAUAAAGGAGGAAUUUUACUCGAAGGUGAUCUAUGCCAUAAAUGUAAACACAACGAAGCUAUAUGGUCACUGGACGGGAACACUCUACAAAUACCUUUGGACAAAUGUAAAGAACUCUGGUGGGAUUGUUUGUUUACGUUCGAGCAAAAGCUGGAUCUAACAAAAAUAGACUGUUCAAGACCUUAUGAGGAUCUGACAGAAGACGCCCAAGCUAAAAUUGAAGAAUUAAAUUGGAAUCAGGAAAGAAAAAGAUUGGGUCUUCCAACUUCUAAUGAUCUUUUACAACAAGCAACUUUACGAAAGGCCUGGAACGCCAAAGGAUCGCCAUUUUCUGGUGAAUUUGACCCUAGUAGCGUUUCGUUUUAUUAGAUAUUGAUGUUGAUUAUCAAUUUUUUUUGGAUGUAUAUAUUAAUAAAUGUUUCUUUUUUACAAAA